AUGAACGAGACGGGUCGACAGCUAGCAAGUUUUGCCGAGUCACUGAAACUACCAUUUACUUUCAAGAUGGUCAUAGUAUACGACAUGAAUGAUCUCCACGAAGAUCUAUUCGAGAUAGAGGCUGAUGAAGUGGUCGGAGUCUAUGCAUCAUUGAUUCUUAGGACCAUGAUCAUCAAGCCCAAUCGUUUGGAGAACCUGCUGAGAGUGAUAAGGAGACUCAAACCAUGUACAAUGACGGUCACUGAAGUCGAAGGGGAUCAACAUAAUUCAAGCUCGUUUAUCAACAGCUUCAUCAAAUCGCUCUUCUUCUACAGUGCGUGGUUUGAUUGCCUCAACGAUUGCAUGGAUCGAAAUGAUCCUAACAGGAUGUCUCUUGAAGGGAAAUUCUUAUCACGAGGAAUUCGAAGCAUUGUUGCGACGGAGGGAGAUGAGAGGAUGAUAAUGCAUGUGGGGAUCAAUCUGUGGAGGUCCUUCGGACGGUUUGGGUUCGUCGAAAUUCAGGCUAGGCUGGCAGCUAAGAAGUUUGCUUGUGGUGGUCCUGUAAAUCUUGAUAUGAAUGAGAAAAGCUUGAUUGUUGGAUGGAAGGGUACCCCACUUUUUUCAUUUUCAGCUUGGAAAUUGAGAUGA